AUGACUGCCAGCACUGAUAAUUGUAUAGCCGGUGGUCCGGAAAUAGUAUCCGCCGCCCGUUCACAAUAUGAUGUUCCCUAUUCAUGGGGUGGCGGCAACUGGAAAGGAAAAUCACGUGGUACUGGUAAAGGUGCGGGAACUGUUGGUUUUGAUUGUUCAGGACUGGCCCAGUAUGCCGUUUAUAAAGGCACCGGAAAAAUUAUCGGACGUACCGCUGCUGCUCAGUCAAGUGAUAGCCAAUGUCAACGCGUGCCGUAUAGUCAACGAAAACCGGGAGAUCUCGUGUUUUUCGGUACCCCUGCCUAUCACGUGGGCAUCAUAUCGGGUACAAACACGUUCAUUCACGCGCCAAAAACAGGAGAUAAAGUCAGACAACAAACUAUUUAUUCGACUAAUAGACAGUCAUAUGUUAGUCGAUGUUUUUAA